AUGCUGAAGAAGCUUAAGAGUGCUCAGGAGGCGCUGAAGACGCUCGUCCUCGAGUCUACUUCGGAGCGCAUCCAACGAGCGUCACGCACCCUCGCUGACUCACCCAUCCCUACGUAUCUGGGACCGGGCAAUAUCGGAUUCGGCGUCACCGUUGGAUCAGAGCCUUCAGCGAAUUUCUUUGCAUUCACCUGCGCACGCUACGGGCGCGCGCGUGAAGAAGGCUGGACAGGGUCAGCAGAAAGCUCCUAUUUGCCGAGGUUUGCGAUGCGACAGUUUGUGGGGAAUGGAGAAGAGGGCCGGUCCCAGGCUCCAUGCUGUGCCAUGGCUGCUGGGCCGGGCAAUUCACCUGCGCGUGCGGCAGCAACAACUCAUCGACAUGGUGCCGCAUACGCGGGCCGAGCGGCGAUCAGCGCGAAUGUCGCAAAUACCGCCAUGUACACCGAAUGGCAAUGGUGGACCGGCCGACGUGGUACCGGCCGCAUUUGUCAGAGACAUUACGGUACAAUGGCUAGGAAUGCGGAGGAGAAGGACCGGCUGACCGCCGCUCUCGAUAAGGUCCUGGAGAAGGCCACUUGGGACUGGAAUGACGCCUAUCUCAAGUCGCAACUGGCCAAGAAGGUCACGGCCAUGGGCAUCACCGCCGUUGGGGCGUCGGCCAAGCGCGUCUACGUCAAGAAGGGCCGAGACGCCGACCGUGGACCAGCUGGCGGACUUGGCUUCCCUUCGCUGACAGGUGUCGGUUUGCUCUGCACGUGCCGUUACGGGACCUUGGCUCGGGCGAAUAACGCCGAGGAGAAGCGCGCCCUGAGCCGCUGCCUUGCUGUGGUCUGCGUGUCCACAGCGCAAGGAACACUCAAGGUCGCCUUCGCCGCUGCUGCUAAGGCUGAGGGCAUCAAGCUAAGCGCGACUGGUCCUCCCCGGAAGACGAAAAGUGCCGUUACAGCACAGCCUAGGCCUAAUGCUCCGCCCAAGUCCAAACUCCAGCUGAAGACUGUUCCGAAGGCCAAGCCAGUUUGA